CGCCACCCAUAAAGUCCUGUGCGGCGCUGGAUCUCGGCCCCGCCUCCGUACAUGGCCUCUGCCCACAACUCCUCAGUCCUGUGCGGCGCGGCGGGCAGACCCCGCCUCUCUCUCUGCCAAACAGCAUCGCCGCCUCUCAGUCCUGUGCGGCGCUUGGAUAUGCCUGGCCACGCCCCCUUGUUACGUCUCCGGUAAGCCCCGCCCUCCUGUGCGGUGCUGAGCGCUGUGUAAAGCUGGCCCUGUGAUGUCUCAGGUCCCAAUGUUCCGACGGGGGGCACAGAAAAGAAAGAAGGUAAAAGAAGCGCGGGAGGCAGUGUCCGCUGUGCAGGAGGCGACAACUGCGAUAGAAGGGCAUGAAGUGACAGGGGGGCCCCAAGUGGGCCCAGAAGAAGAACAAGCAUCGAGGAGCGGUCUCCUGGAGCAGGAAAGCUCGGUGAUUAGCAUGAAGGAGGAGGCCACGGGGGACAGCAGCUUUACAGAUGUUUUGUACCCAGACCUAUCUCAGUCACAAGGGGCAGGACUCUUUUCAUCCUCUCGUCCUGGUUGCUGGAGUUCCCCAGAUAUUAGUGGAGAUGGCCAGAUACUUGGAGGAGGAGUAGCACCUGACCAUUGUGAAGAGAGGGCUUCCAGGCCUGGGAACAGCCGCAUUCCUGGGAAGGACCACCGCCGUUAUUACCACAAUCACUGGAGGCUUGAAUACCUGAUGGACUUCAAUGCUCGCAGUCACAGCAUGAUCUGCAUGGUGUGUGGAAGUUCAUUAGCUACUUUGAAACUUAGCACCAUCAAACGUCAUAUUCUGCAGAAACACCCCUAUUCCCUAAACUGGACAUCCAGUGAAAAAGAGGUCAUUAUUGGCAGCUGGGAUGCACACCUUUCUGUGGAUGCUCAAACGCUGACAACUGCAGAGGACCCUGGCAUCCCCAUUCCUAAGAAAAGGCGACGACGCCUCCCCCCUGUUAGUAAAGGAACCUGGCGGCCCUUAGCGGGACCUGAAAUUAUACAACCUUCUUCACCGGACACUAGCCAUUUAGAGCAGUAUUUAAAUGAGUCACUUCAGCAGUGGUUCAGAGUUGAAUUUCUCAUGGAUUAUGAUUGUCAGGGCAACCAGCUUCACUGCAUGAUGUGUGCUACAGUCCUACCCAGCCUUAACCUGGCUGACAUAAAAAACCACAUACUGCAAACACACCCUACAUCCUUACAACUUACUCCUACUCAGAAAAGUGUGAUCCUUGAAGCUUGGGCAAAUCGUGGAGAGAACAUAGAGGAAGAGGUGGAAGAUGAAUUAGAAGAAGAUGAUGAUGAGGAGGAGGAGGAGGAUGAGGAAGAUGAUGAUUUGGAAAAAAGAGACAUUGAGGAAAGUAAUGAAUUUGUCAAGGAACCUAAUGUGGUUGUUAAUGAUGACAAGGAUAUUUCAGAAGGGCUUGAAAAACAAAACAGUGCUUCUACAUUUGAGGUAAUGGAAGAGGAUGUUUCCAGUGAUAAUGAGUCCCAAACGGAGAAAGAUCAGCUUAAGCUGAGUAGUGUACCACGGCUGGAGCAGGAGAAGCUUAAGGAGAUAAAUGAUCAAAGACUAGAAUGUGAUAAACAAAAGACAAGAAAAUCUCGACACCCAACAGAUGAAAAGCAAGAAGCGCCAGGGCCAGAAGAAGAGGCCAUAAAAUCAGGAAAGUCUCCACUAUUGGAAGGAAAGCACUUAAACAAGAAAGAGGCUCAGUUAUGGGACAGUAAAGACACUAAGCCAAGACCUGCUCUUGAGUCAGACAAUGCAAAGCAUAAGGAGGACCAGAAGAGACAGGAAGAGCCUUUAAAUAAAUUCCAUAAGUCAUUAAAGGUGCAAAAGAAAAGUGAAGAUCCCCCAAGUGAGGAUGACACAAUUGCUGAAGCAGAUCAGCUACAGGGAAGAAAUCUGCAAAAAGAUACUUCACAGGCAAUAGAGGAGGGACAUGGAACAGAACUGAAUAAAGGGAAGGUGCAAACAACAGUGCGGGCUCAGAUAACAGUGGAUGAUGGAAAGAAGCUGCUCUUGGAUGCAAAAAACAAACAGACAGUACAAACGCAGCAUAUGGAUCUCAACGGAAAGGCAGUUCUGGGCAUUGGGCUGCCUGUUCUAAAAGUGGACUCUCAAACACCACUCAUCAUUGCUCGUGUAUCUGUCAUACCAGAUUCCUCCGUUAUUCAUCCCUUGAAACCUUGCCUCAUGAAGCCUUGGAAGUCAUCAACCCUUCAGCCUAUUAUGCCUGCCCCAGUCCAGCCCAUCAUACCCUCCGCGGUCCAGCCCAUCAUACCCUCCCUGGUCCAGCCCAUCAUGCCUGCCCCAGUCCAGCCCGUCAUACCCUCACUGGUCCAGCCCAUCAUGCCUGCCCCAGUCCAGCCCAUCAUGCCCAUGGCAUCCUCUGCCCAGCCCUUAAUGCCUACUUUGUCUGCAACAUCUGAACUGGCCAAAUCCUGGAGAGCAAUCGCUCCCAAAGUUUCUGCAGCAGAUUCAACUCUUCUUAAACCACCUUCUGCUGAUGUUACCCGUUGGCCCCUUGGAAUUGACCCCAUGCUUUGGGAGGUUUGCCUUUGGAGGGAGAACAAGGACAACAGCCAGUAUGGUGCCUAUCAGCACCACUGGCAUUCAGAUUUCUUGAUGGAUUACAAUGGGCUGCGGGGCAGUGUUGUAUGCAUGUACUGCUGCUCAUCCCUCACUGUUUUGAAAGAGAGUAGCAUCAAACGGCACAUCAUACAGAAACAUCCACACACAGGGAACUUUACAACUGAAGAGAAAAAUGCUGUUAUCCACGAGUGGGAGACACGGGUGGCUGAAGUGAGAAAGAUGGUGCCUGAACUACAGAAAGAAGCAACCGGAGAUUCAGACACCAUUCAGGAUGGUGUCAUAGUGGCAAAUGGUGACCUUGUUGAAGAGGCCGAAGAUGAGAAAAGCACUACGACAAAUGCGCAGACCACAGAGGGUCGUGGAGCCUCAUGGGAUUUUGCCUUUGGAAGAGUCCAAGGAGUGACAAAUGAUCCUCGUACUUAUCAGCAUGAGCGCUGGAAGCUGGAGUAUCUGAUGGAUUACACGCCACAAAAGGAUGGAUUGAUCUGUAUGGUGUGUGGGGUUAUUUUAAUGAAUCCCAAAAUUAGUUCUGUUAAGAUGCACAUCCAGCAGAAGCACCCAGAUACCACCUACUUUAGUGACCAAGAGAAGACCGUGGUCAUGGAGGAGUGGGAACAAAAAAUGGCUGCAGGCCACAAGAAGAUAGUCCACCAAGAUGGAGGAGAUGAAAUCUAUAUUGAAAUCAAUGAAGAGUCAUCAUUAUCUGCAAACAAUGGAUUAAAUGCUGAAAUCUGUAACCCUCAAUCAAAAAUGAUCACCCCAUCUGUUUCCAAACCUGCAUCCUCAGCGCCAUCCCUCCCCCCACCUUGUAACAGUGCUAAGCGCAACUACCAGGUCCGCUGGCGUACAGAAUUCAUGAUGGACUACGACUGUCGUCGUCAGGGUCUUAUCUGCAUGGUGUGCGGGGGCACCUUGGCCACCCUGAAAGUCAGCACUAUUAAGCGUCACAUUGUUCAGGUGCAUCCUUAUUCAGUGGACUUCACAGCUGAGGAAAGGCAAAGGAUUCUAGAGGCGUACAGUGAGAUGGCCCUGCAUUACAUACACUCUGAGGAAUGCUUUAAACAGCAGCCACAGGAUGAGCUAAAAAAGGGCAGGAGGAAGAACAUAGAGUAAAACAAGAGACCCUAUUGGACAUAACAGUUUUUUUUUGUGUGUGUGGCAGGUUGUUCUGAAGAAAGAGGAUUACAUAGACUCUGCUGGUUUCCACUCUUCUUUUUUUUAUCACUCAUUGUGAAGAUUGCCUUAUGUAGUGCGGCAAUUAUUUCUCUUUAUGUUUUCAGACAGAGACUUGUGUUGUGGCUCAUUUGGCUCCUUCCUGUCAGACACUGACUGUCCAAGAAAUUUCAUUUAACAAAUCUGCAGAGCUCCCUUGUUGCUGCUUCCUACAAUAUGCAUAACCAUGCUCCUCUCCUUUCAUCAUGCUCUGCUGAGACGCAUCCAAAAAUAAGCUCCUUUUGUUUAACAGAAGUAAAGGGAUCAUCUCAAAAAUAUAAUUUUUUGUUAACGAACAAAAGUUUAUUUAAAAAAAAAAUUUUUUUUUUUGUGUUCCCUGCUUCAGAAUGCUCCGAGGAGCACUUUUGAGUGAAGAACCCCCUGCAAAAAAAGGAAGCCAAUGAAUAUUCCUAUUAUUAAUUUAUUAACAUGUUUAGAGUCAGAGCGGUCUCCACUGUAAAUCUUGUUUGUUUCCCAUCAUGUUGUACAGGCUAGAGGAUGUGAUUAGGGGAGUAUUGGUUCUCUGAUGGCAAAACGUUUACUGGGUAACAUUAUGUACAAAGGAUUCCCUUGCAAAACAUUAUUUUUACUGGUUUUUUUUUCUCAGUAUAAAACAAAUUUUGAACAGAAA